UGAGCAGCAGCAGCAGUCUAGAGUAGAGGAGUAGAGAGAAGCGGUCCGGAUCCACUGAGGUACCUAUGCGUGCAUGUUUCUCCAGUCUAUGAAGCUUUGGAUGGCUGGACACUGAAAACACACGGCAGUCACACCACAGAUGUGAAGCUCCUUGGUGCGAUCAUACGGAUUUAUUAUUCACACUUUUACUGGAAGUCAUAGAGAAGAGAGAUGAAAUACAAAAACCUGAUGGCUAAAGCAUUGUAUGACAACAUGCCGGAGUCCCCCGAGGAGCUGGCCUUCCGUAAAGGGGACAUCCUGACCGUGAUAGAGCAGAACACAGGAGGCUUGGAGGGCUGGUGGCUCUGCUCGCUACACGGCCGCCAGGGCAUCGCUCCUGGCAAUCGCCUGAAAUUGCUGAUUGGACCCAUGUUUGAGGCCCAGUCGCCUGCUGCAGCAGCCGCCUCCAACGCUGCCCAGUCCUCCCCUCUGAGCUCGGCCUAUCAGCAGAAACCUGGUUCUGGAUCACAGGGGAUCUACCAAGUGCCCCCAUCCCUCCAGAGUCCACAGCAACAGAGUCAGCAGAGCAUCUACCAGGUUCCUCCUUCACAAGACGUCUACCAAGUCCCACCGAGGAGCACGCUAGGGGCUGAAAACACACCGAGCAAGGUGGUGACCCCAACCAGAGUGGGACAGACCUACACCUACAGCCCUGGACAGCACAACCAGCAGGACCUCUAUGAUGUCCCGCCCAGCAGAUCACAGGGGGUGUAUGAUAUCCCUCCUGGUCAGAUGUUUCCUGCCGCCAGAAACCAGGGUGUCUACGAUGUCCCCCCGCCUCAAAUGGACCCGAGGACACAGGGUGUUUAUGACAUACCUCCCUCUUCCCAAGGGGUCUACUCAGUGCCUCCCUGCAGGACCAACCCCGCCCUCCAGGAGGGGAACUACGACUUCCCGCAGCCUCUCAAACACAAACAGGAAGGCAUCUACGACGUGCCGCCACCUGCCCUCAUCAAGCCCACUCAGAGCCCCCAGUCACAUUAUGAUUUCCCCCCUAAUGCAGAGCCCUCCACCCAUCACCAACACCCCAACACAAAUGGCAAUGAAGGCAUUUACGACGUUCCUCCGCCCGCUCUUCACUCGGGGGCAGGGUCUCAAGGGGGCGUGUACGACAUCCCUCGGGGUAUGCAGCCCUCACAGCACAGAUCCUCGCCGGCAGACAGAGACGGCAGCAAAGGCAUCUACGACAUCCCCGCCCAGGAUGCUCGAGCUGUUGCAGACGUGACGGAUGGGGUGAACCGUCUGUCCUUCUCCAGCACCGGCAGCACACGCAGCAGUAUGUCCACAUCCUCGUCCUCCACGGGCUCCAGCUCUGAGGGGCGACUCGCCCUGGAUUUGGACGCUGCUGUGCAGAGGUUGCACCGCCUGCAGCAGUGCGUGGACGCUUCAGUCGGGGCUUUACAUUCAAUGGCAGCUUCCCCUCACUGGAGGACUUUCCCCUUCAUGGAGCGCCACGCUAACGACGUCCGCACAGUGCUGGACAGGGUGCGGGCUACUCUAGGGGACUUUGUUGUGUUUGGUAGAGGGGCUGCAGCAAACGCCACCGCCCUGUCAGACUCCAGCCUGCACAGUAAACUCAGAAGACAGCUGGGACGCCUGGAGGACUCGCAGCAGAUCCUCCUGCAGAUCUACCAAGCUCUGGAGAACUGCAACUGGGCCAUGAACGCCUUAGCAUCCUCCGGGAGGCAACACAACAAGACCGACGACCUGGAUCGCUUCGUCAUGGUCUCUAGGACUGUCCCUGAUGACGCCAAGCAGCUGGCGUCCACGAUAGGCAGCAACGCGGAGCUGCUGUUCAGGCGGACGCACAUGGACGGGUCUUUCUCUAUUGGAAGCACACCUGACGAGAACAUGAUCCACCCGCUCACAUCCCCCUCCUCGGAUAACGACAACUACGGAGGGCCGACCAAGCCGUUCCCCGUGUCCUCCAGCCAGGAAAAAGACAACAUGAACAACAGUGAGAAGUGUGUGAAGAGCUGGAUGGAGGACUACGACUAUGUUCACCUGCAGGGCAAAGACGACUUUGAGCGUCAGCAGAAGGAGCUCCUGGAUAAAGAAAACAUCAUAAAGCAGAAUCAAGUCCAGCUGGGACAGGAGCAGAUCAAUCAGUUCAAGAAGCUGGAGCAGGAAGUGAUCAAACCUGUGGAGAAUGACAUCACACAGUGGAUCACACACCAACACACGGGCAUGACCUCCACCUCCCCCUCAGACUCCUCCACCUCCUCCUCCCUCUCCCCCUCCACCCCCGUGUGCGCCCGGGACCGCCAGCUCCUCGGCUUCUACUCGGAGCAGUGCGAGCAGCACUUCAUCACGCUCCUCAGCGCCGUUGACGCCUUCUUCGGCUGCGUCAGCGCCGGGCAGCCUCCGCGCAUCUUCGUCGCUCACAGCAAGUUCGUCAUCCUCAGCGCGCACAAACUGGUCUUCAUCGGAGACACUCUGUCCAGGCAGGCGACGGCGCCCGACGUCGCCAACAGGGUGAUGAACACUAGUAACGUGCUGUGUGACUUGUUAAAGACGGUGGUGGCUGCAACGAAAACGGCCGCGCUGAACUACCCGAACACGGCCGCCAUCCAGGACAUGGUGGACAGAGUCACAGACCUCUCACAUCAAGCACAACAGUUCAAAGAACAGCUGAUGCAUUUGUCCAACUUGUGAUUUUCAACCAUGUUGCUCCAGCUCUCAACCACAGACUCCAUGUGUACAUUAUUUUAGCAUAAAUCUAUAUAUUUACAGAACAUUUAUAUAUAUUGCUCUUCAUCCUUAAGCCUGUUUUGAUGUUGUAAAUAGUCUGUUCUGUAAAUAUUUGCUCUAUUUUUGUUUAGAUUGUUUUAUAUUAUGGUAUGAAUAUAUAUGUGUAGAAGCAGUUUUGGUGUCUGUAGGAUUAUGUAGACAUUUUUCAUAACAUUCCUGUCGCAUAUUAUACAUGAAGCACCUUAUCAAACAAGUCCUGUAAUUUCAUUUUUACCUGUUCAAUGUGGUUAAUGUGUCUUACUGCUGGGUGUGACAGUAUCUCCAUGUAAAUCAUGUUAAUGUGGAAAUGUGUGUGUGUGUGGAGCUCUCCACAAAGUAAAGGAUUGUUCUUAACCAUG